AAUUGUGUGCUAGUGGUGCAGCGGUGACAACACGGACAUCAGCGCCCCGACAUGUUUACGCAGGUGACAUGUCUCUUGGCUGUGGUGGCUCUCACAGUUGCCGCUCCUCAACGUUUCGACGUCAACAAAUUGGUCACCGCGCCCCAGCUUGACACACCAAACGUGGUGCCUCCAGCAGCCUCAUCGACCAACGACGAAAAUACCGAUAUUGUUGAUUAUGAAAUUAAAAACUUGCCACUUGCCCAUGUAAAUGGAACGAGCAUUUUUCAGACGAGCAAAAUCGACGAAGAAGUAAAUCAAAUUAAUUCAACCUCUGACCCAAUACAUGUAACAAACACAGAGACGAUUCAGCGAUAUGAGCCGCAACUUCAGACUCCAGAUUCGAUUAAAAGAACUCUGGAAUCUUUCUUCGAGAACGAUGAAUUUACGAAUGAAAAUUCAGAAGUUGGUACAUCAAUCUUUCUUAAUGUUGGAGACUCAUCCACUGCGUUCACUGAUAAGACUGACGAAGUAGGUGCUUCAAUUGGUAGCACAUUAGUACUUGAAACGAUCGCUAGCACAGAGGCACCAACGAGUACAUUAGUCCCAGAGACAAUAUCUAAAACGGAGGUUCCAGCUAGUACAUUAGAACUUGAUACUCAGACUACAGACAAAGGUCAACUUGCUAUCGAUGAAAAUGUGCUCAGCCAGAUGGUUGCAUUAGUCAACGCGCUGAAGUCCAACUCUAUUGUAGAUGUUAAAGCUCCAGCUACAGAAAAUUCUGAUCAUUUUACGGCUGAAGAAAGAAGUAAAAGGCAUGGCUUGCACUCAUUAAAAUUCAACGAGCAGACUACCAUACCUGACGAAACACCAGAAGGUGAAGAAGAAGCCAAUCAAGAAGCAGUGCUUACAAGACGAACGACAAAACCUGCACAAUCUGAACCCAAUAAAUCUGAGAAAGAAGCAAAGAUGACGGAUCAAGAAGAAGCAGAGUUGCCGGGAAUUAACGAUGAAACCGCUCAGGCAUCGAAAGUUGAGUCACACGUCGAUGAACAUUCUGAAACGAGAACAGUAGUUACAGAAAUUACAGCUUCUCCUUCUUCUUUCUCAUCCAGAACCUCCAAAGUUGAACCACAAAUUGAAGAAUUUGAAUUUAGUUCUGACAGGAAAACAGCUGCAAUCGAAUCAGGGUCAAGAAAAGGAAAACGGCAUAAUUCGAAGGAGCCAGAGAAUGUGCAGUCUAAAUCGUUCUCAUCUUCAGCUGAUGACUCGCUUUAUGCAUUAGAUACUCCAACAGUUAAAACCAGGAGACACAACACGCAAGAGGGGAAAUAUGCUGCUCCACCUCAGUGGCCGCCCUUGAUGCCAUACAACUUCGCCUUCGAGGUGAGGGAUGACGAGACGACCAACUACCAGAACAGGGUAGAGGUGGUCGAGGAUGGGGUGCUCAGAGGUUCCUUCAGCUUCUUGGGUGCGGACGGUGUCAUCAGGACUGUGACGUAUACCGAUGAUGGAACCUCCGGUUUCCAGAUCCAAACUCAGGAGAUUCCUACCGACGUCAUCGUUGUUGGUGCUCACGACUACAAAAUAAAAGGACGCUACGGAAAUAACCUAAACCGGGGCGAAAACAAUGCGGAAACAAUCCCUACAACAGGAGGGGAGAAGCAGACAUCAGGCACUGUUACCAGUAGCGGGGUAAACCGAGCACCAGGCUAUACUGGGGGUAGCAAAUCCGUGUCUCUCAGCAGCUCUGGCAGGGCGACUUCAGCCACCACCAAAAGUGCAGGAACAACUAUCCCGAUUCCGACCCUUGUAACAACACAUCUUAGUUCGAAAAAGACAAGUGAUGCUUCUAAGCUUUCCAGUGGUAGUAGCACUUCAGUUGUCAACAACGCUGGAAGCAAAUCGAUUUCAUCGUCGGCAUCGAGUGGAUUAUUACUCACUUCCGCAGAGGGAAAAGCUUCUACUUCUGAAGCUGAAGAAGAGGAAACAAGCACUACGUCUGCAACUCAAAUUCAGAAAGUUGCGUCAUCCACUGGCUUUAGCUCAUCAAUUUCCGAUGAGACUGCCUUAGCAUCCGCUGUUCAAGCUAAAAACGUUUUUUCAGGUAGCAAAGAGAGUAAAGUUACUGUUGCUUCGAGUGGCAGCAGUGGCUCCUUGAUAACAAAGUCAAGCAGUGACAUUUCACUGACCUCGGAUCAUGCAAAAGAUGGCGUUUCGAAAAGUAAGAAACAAGAAACUUUUACGGUGAUCGACAAAAUCAGGCAAAAAGAAUUGAGCAGUGAGAAUGACGAAAGAACCAGCGAUGGCGAACAAUUUUCAGUUGAACUUAAAAAAUCUGAGAAGGCAGAAGAAAAUCAAGCUAGAAAUAAAAACGAAGACGAAUCAAAAGAGAGCAAUAAUAAUUCUGGGUCCCCGGUCACCAUUAUUCUUGGUUCUCAUUCUCUGUCAGGCUCAGGCCUGAUCGAAGCAAUCCGCAAGAGUCAAAGUUUGAGUCCAGGUAAAGAGUCGCAAGCAAGUACGCACAAUUUAGACGCGAUAAAUCCAAACACGCCUAUCACAGUCGUCUUCGGAAACAAUCAAGCAUCUGUUCAGCAAUCGCAGCAAAGUUUAGAAGGUUCGCUCUCCUCGCAGCAAGGGUCAUCUAUUGCUAUAGGCAGUUCUAAUGUGGAAAUCAGUAACUCAGAUUCCGGUGCCUCCAGCGCUGCCACUGAAGCUUCGCAUUCUAGUUCGACUUUGGCAGUUGGUCACGAAAAGGCAGGACUUAGCUCUGUUGCAUCAAGCCAAACAACUAAGGCAUCAUCAUCUAACUCUGGAAUUCAAUCUACUAUCUCGGGUACAGCAUCGUCAAGCUCUGCCACUGUAGCAGCAACUGGUUCUAGAACCGUAGCCACCAGUACUGGAGGCCAAUCCCUAACAUCUGACACAUCAUUCCCUCAUACUUCAAUCUUCAGGAUACCGAUCUUUCAGACAACAUCAACUACUGGACCAGAGUCAGCGGGGCCCCAUUUCUUUGCCUCUUCCUUAGCUAGUAAUGUUGCUUCUUUGACUAGUCUUGAUCGUGUGCCCUCUACUGCUUCGCAAAUUAAAUCCAUCUCCGGAGAACCAAAAAGUUCUGGAAAAAGCUUUACAUCAUCUACAAAAUCUAAAAUUAUAAAACUUGAGAGUAGCGGGUCCAGCAAAUCUGCAAAUAGUGCUUCCACAUCAGUAUUAAAAGCCAGCGCUGCUCAAAAGGGUUCUUCAUCAUCUAGCCCUGCUUCUGCCAAAUCAACAGCAGCCAAUGGCAUUUCUUCCAUCAAUGUGUUCUCUGUAGCACCAUCAGGCGUCAUAACCUUGCAGCCUGUUGCUUUCAUUUCAGAAGAAAUAGGCAAAUCAUCAAUACAGUUGGAUGGUUCCACAUCAACUGUAAGCACAAGUGCAUCAACUGAUAGCUCUCUUGAUGUCGGCUCCACUGCUGCCACUUUAUCAGAAGCUAUCUCUGCUGCUGCCACCUCUAAAGGCACGGAACUAUCUUCGGGGAAUUCAAAAAGUACGACAGCUUUUGUUUCUGGAAGUGAAAAGAUUGGAUCUGACACGUCUAGUACUACUUCAGGAUCUAGCUCUGAUAUAAGUGGUAGUGAUACCACUGAACAAAAAUCAGUGUCUGAAAAUAGCUCCUUGAUAAAAUCUGUUUCCUCCAGUCUAGCAACUUUUCUUGGAGGCGCUCCCCCCUCGAAGCCAAUUGUUAUCUUCCCAGUGAAAGACACACCGGCAGCUGAACCAUUCGUUAUUUUACCAGCCAUAGGAGGUAGCAUUGGUAAAGGAAUUGGUGGAUCUUCAGCAGAUAUACCGGCUGGUCCAAUUCAAUCUUUUGAUAGUAGUAUUUCUGGUACGAUAAGUGCAACGUCUACGGUUAAUGAAGAGUCGGACGGUUCAGCUGUGCAAAUAAUCCCUGCUCAAAGCAUUAAAUCUGUUUCUGAGGGCACAGGAACAUUAUCAUCAGGGAGUUCUGUUAACAUAAUAUCACAAGCAUCCAGUACUCCUGUUGAAGCAUCCACCUCGCAAAAGUCAUCGGAUGCAUCGACUCUAGCUGAAUUUUUGUCUCAGCCAAAUUCUGGGCUCCAAAAAGCACCUGUAUUCGGUCUUCAACCGUCUCCAUUCGAUGGUGGAAACACUAUCUCAUCUUCAAAUGCAGGAGGUUCACAGCAACUAUCUGAUUUCUCUGCUGGAGUUGGCGGAAGAUUUGGAUUUGGAAAUAAUUUUAACUCGUUUUCUCAUGCAGUUCCGUUCUUCGGAAAUCAGUUUCAAGUUCUGAACAGGCCUGAAUUUGACACAACGGCGUUUAACGGAAACGCUCAACAAUUUUCAAGCGUUGGAGCUUCGAAUCAAAAUGGAUUUUCUGUUUUUAGAGCUAAUCCAGGAAUUCUUUCAGUAGAGAGACCAGCCGGUUUCGAGGAUACUAGAUUCGGUUUCCAUCAAAACUUUGAUCAGCUGAUUGGGAGCCCAGAUUCUUUUGGGUUAGCCUCAUCUGGCAACCCUAACCCGUUUCUGAGCCCAUCUCACGGUGGAAAUCACUUUGGUGAUGCAUCCAUUUCAGCUGCUUCUUCGGUCAGCAAUUCAGGUUUCAGACCAUCUAUUUUUCUAGGCGAUCAUUCUUUUUCCAGCAACCUUAGACCAAAUUUCCCUGCAAGUGUAGCCUUCGGAAAAACUUUCCCUUCAACUGGAAGAUUUGCAAGAGGCUCCUCUGCACAAAAGACUGAAGUUUAAAGGGACCAUGACGAUGUGCCAUGCAAGUUCUCUUUACUAGCAUUGAUCUUGAGUCUGCUUUGGUGCUGAGGAAAAGACAUUACUGAAAUUUUUGGAGCCUAACGAAUGUAGCAACGAUCUAAACUGAUGCCACUCUCAGUCAAAAAAUUUAUUUGCCAUACGUUAUUCUUUUGCUGUUGUUCCUGUUUUUCGUAGCCACUUUUAUCGCUCAAUUUCAGAUUGGAAAUCUAAUUAACACUUUACGCUUCAGUGGCAAAUAUCUUGAACUAGACUUCCAAAUUUGCGAUCAGGCUGUGAUAAAACCCACUUACAAAACGUGUAGCGAAUCAAUUGAUUGGGUUACGAUGAAUUAAGUUACGAGACGAUGUUUGGGCAAGAUACAAGUGUUCUUCAAUAUCAUGGAUUCCAAGAUAUUAUACGCAAGACGCUCUAGAGCCACUUACUGAUCAUAAAAAUUAUUUUGCAAGAAUAUUUCGUUGAACUUCGAACUUUUCAACGAAAAAUAAUUUGCUAGGGCUUAGAUAACAUUUAUUAUGGGCAGGGGAUACAUUGGAUACAUUUGAUGACAUUUCGAGUCUGAGAAGAUGAUUUUCACAAGUCAAUUUCAUAGUAUUUUAUUUAUCUUGUCAAAUAUAAAUGAGAGAAAAAUACUGCGUUUCAUUCAGAUUCUUUAUAGUGUCUUUCGAUUAUAGAUGGGAAUGCUCUAGAUACAGCGCUAUCCUCUCCUCAAAACCAAGGAUAAACGAACAGCUAAGUAGCUGUAGCAUUUCAAGAAAUUAGUUUGAAAUGAAGACUGCUGUCCAUCUAAAUUUGUGCGUAAUUUUUUCAAUGCUUAGGAGAAUUAAAGAAAUCACUGUCAUGUUAUGUCGUUUAUUUUCGUUUGCAAAGGUCGGUCGAUGCAAUUAAAUUAUUUGCUGGUUA